AAACAAAACAAAGACAAACCACCAUUAACAACCAUCCUCGACCUUAUUCUGCUCAGUCAAUUGGACUGAAUUCUCUCUUGUCCUCACAGUUGAUUGAAGCAAUGGCAGCCAUGAACUCCAGUGUGUUAGCUUGCAACUAUGCCAUCUCCGGCACGGCAUCAUCCGAUGCCAAUUGGAAGCUUGCAGCUAUGCCGUCUGUUGCAACCCCAGUUGCAUCAUCUCCCAGGUUGCCGAUGAUCAAAGCCCAACAAGCUAAAGUUUCCGAGUCAAAGGUAGAGGGAGGGAGCGAGGGACGUAGAGCUGCACUUCUUUGCCUAGCCGGUGCUCUUUUCGCAACUGCUGCCUCUACGUCUUCCGCCAAUGCAGGGAUCAUCGAAGAGUACCUCGAGAGGAGCAAAGCUAACAAGGAACUAAAUGACAAGAAGAGGUUGGCCACAAGCGGAGCAAACUUUGCCCGUGCAUACACAGUAGAGUUUGGCACUUGCAAAUUCCCAGAGAACUUCACGGGCUGCCAGGAUCUCGCCAAGCAAAAGAAAGUGCCUUUCAUUAGUGAUGAUUUGGAGCUGGAAUGUGAAGGAAAGGACAAAUACAAGUGUGGUUCUAAUGUCUUCUGGAAAUGGUGAAAGACUGGAAGAGGCAGCUCUACCCUACCCAACCUGUAUUUAAAUGAUUCCUAUUAAAUUUUCCACUGGGAAUCCCUUUCGUCCAAUUGUUCUGUAAUCCUCUGUUUUCUCGUUCAUGUUCCAAUUGCUUCUUGUUUUCUGUUAAUUACCCAAAAAGAAUUACUGGGACUGAGAGUGUGGAUGGAGACAGAGGAAGUGGCCUGCUUAUGAUUGAUCCAUUAUUUUUGAAGAGAAAAUGUAUACUUUCCUAUGCCAGAUGCUUAGCAUUUCCACCUCAACUGUUUAACCAUUUUAUAAUA